AUGAACCGGCCCAAUGUGCGCACUAGCGUGUCUGGGCACAAGACUCUGCUGGAGAGCGUGGCCUCCGCGGGCCAGGACUUGUACUUCAUGUUGCCCGGAGAGGCGAGGACCUCGGCCGCCACGGACACGGCCUCCGAUGAGGACAGCCUGCACGGCGUCGGGCACAGGGCGACGCACGAGGCGAGCGACGUGACGCACAGGGUGACGCAAAAGUGGAACGAGCCGCCAGUGAACAGAAGCAAGGUCGCCGACGAGCACGGCGUUGUGGCGCGGACCGUGGGUCCGCAGGUUCCACCACUACGGCGGCGCACCGAGGACAGCCAAGGACACAUCGCCAUCCCGGAGCCAGGGGGGACGCAUCCCGAGGAGCCCGCUUCGACCAGGCCGACGCACUUCGCCGAAGCGCCCGCAGAGGUGGAGCGGGUCUCUUCGUCCAGCAGGCCGUUGUCCAGAAGCCCCCGCCCCGAGCCCCCGCUGACCACCAUCGCCGGAAAUGACUUCAAGCUGGCCAUCACCGCGGCUGAUUGGCUCCACCACGGCCAGCCUUCGACAAUUAAGCCGCUGGCCAGGAAUAGCUCUGCGGAAAGGUCAACGGUGAGGGCGGAGUCCAAGUGGAACAGGUCGACACCUACCAGCUCCAUGGCCUCGGAGCGGCACGGGGACGCCGAGGACACCUUGAGGCACUCGAUCCCUUCGGAGGUGAGCCGCGGCCCGGACGACGCAGCUCGGCGGUCCACGACCUCGGCCACGACCUCGGCCACCACGCCCAGCGGCACCGCGGACAACGCCACGGAGGCCUCGCCGCCGGGGUGGCUGGGCGCCGCCCUGGCCAAGUUCCUCAGCGAGAUAGAAAACAGGCGGAGGACGGCGGCGGCCCGAAAGCCGUCUUCCCCGUCAUACUCGACGAAAACAAGUCUCAUCGCGUCGACCACAGCACUCCCAGUCACCAGACCAGACCGUGAUUUGGGGAACAGCUCUGCGAGCGGUGAGGCUGACGUUGACCGAAGGCGGACUACCGCAGGGCCAGCGCACGAAUCGAACGGCAACGGGUCGACCCCAGCAAUCGCUACGAAAUCCGAGUCUUCCACGGAACCCUUGAAAAGAGCUACAGAAAGCCCUGUCAGUACGACUCCGGCGCAGAGGUCGUCGAGGAGACUGUUUGUUGUGACAGUCAGGAAGGCGACAAGUAACGGGACGCUCGCGCCGGAGCGGGCGGACGGAAAUCGCUCUGUAUUUGCGGAAAUUGGUUCUGCGAGCUCGGCGACGCCGCCGUCGACGCGCGCAUCGCCCACACUGCAAACGUCCACCAGGGAAGGCACCACGGCCCUCAAGGCCACGGCCGAAGACAUCAUCGUGGAGCCGACCCCAAAGCGCCGCCCCAAAGGCGCCACCGUGUCGAACCUGGUGCCCAGCGCGGAAGCGCUCAAACCCUCCAAGAAGGCCAUUGUCAUCACCUUCUCCAAGAUGAAAAGCGGCGGGAACAGGAGCGACCCCAAGACAGGGCCGACCAGCGGCAACGAGACGCUCACCGUCCUCAACGAGACGUUUGCCCUCGACCGGCCGACGAGGGACGCCCAGGCCAUCCCCAAGACCCCCGAGGCGCUCAAGAAGCUCAUCGUGGAGUACGUCCUCGCCAUGCAGACACGGACGGCGGACGGUCCGAAUGGCCGCAGCUCCCCGCCGCCAAGCGCGGCGACGACGGGCGAGGCCACGACGGGUGAGGCAACGACCCCCGCCACGACCACGAGCUCGUCCGGCAGCACGGAAACUGCAAGCAGCUCAGCGUGGCCCAGGCUGACCAGCUCCACGAGGGCCCCUGCCGCGCCGCCCGCCUUCAAGAUCGCCCCCUGGGUGGCGGGCAGACCCAGGGCCCAGGUGCUGGCGGACGGCAACAGCGUUGUGCUGUACGUGGAGACGGCGGACUGCUCCCCGGAGAUCGCCGACACCAUCUCGACCCUGGAGGAGAAGGCUCCCAGCGACGGCACCGAGAAGGUGGUCAUCGAGAUGAACUGCAGGCCGUCCACGCGGGGGGACGCGAAGGGGCACUCGCCCCCGCCAUCGUCGCGGCGGCUGCACGGCAGGGCCACGACGGCCGCACCUAGAGCCACCACGCGAGAUUUCAAAGUCAUCAAGUUGAAGCAAAUUACACGGAAGCCGUCGCCGGGCCCGUCCACCACCGCCCGACCCAGUCCGGCCUUCCGGCCGGGCGACCUGGAGAUUGAAAGCCGAUUCGACCAGCGGAAGGCGGUGGAUGCGCGCGCCACCGCCCGCACCACCACGCGGACCCUCUCCAAGAUCAAGUGGAAAGUCGGCAUAACGCAGAGCGGCAAAAGCACAGCAAGCCGGAACAGAAGUCGGGGAAAACUGCCGGGGACGGGUGCGGGCACCACGCCGACGCCCACAACCAGUGCGCCUACCGUGGAAAAAACACGCCCAGCAGCUGUUCUCGGUCCCACCAAGGAGAUCGCGCUCGAGGCCAAGACUGUGAUAAACCCUUUCCUGUCCGAACUUGCCGUUGUCGAGGCUCCGGCCGAGGCCCCGCUUUUCGACGCAGAGGCCGUGGACGAGCCGGUGGCGGUGCGGUUAGGCGAAAAAGACGCGCCGCCCACGGCGACCACGUCCACCUCGCGGCCCGGCGGAGCGGCGACGGCCACCACACUCGACACGCAGUGGUCCUUCUUGAAGAUCGUCUCGCUGCUGGACGGCCCGGAGGCGGGCCUGGGCUUUCAGGCGGCCAAGCCGACCGACGCCGCCGAGCUUGGCGAGACGACGACGACGACGGCGACGACGGCCGAGGCGAGGAAGUUGACUACCGCCGAGAAGGAGGAACAUUCGAGUCGGUACGGCCGGGCCGGCCAAGUUGCCCCCGGGACUUCCGAAACCACUUCAGCGACCGCGACAAGAACACCGACAGCCAUAACGACGCCGCUGAAAAGGAUCCUCGCUGAAUCGGCGGCCACCGCCGCCGCGUCUGAGCCUCGCACAUUUCCCUCGCUUCCGCCUUUGAACACGACGAGCACGACAAGCGAGCCCCGCGCCGAGGAUUCAUCUUUUGUCGGGAGAGAGAAAAGCAGCAGCAGCCCGUCUCCCGAGGGAGGUGUUUCCCAACCAACUUCCGCGCGGCCCAUUCAGGAGCAAUCAGCAGAAAACGCGACUCCCGAUCCGCCUGACGCUGAAAGCACCUUUACCACCAAAAAUAAAACCAGCGAAGCGGCCCCGACAGGCACGCCACUGUCUGUCAGAAGUAGCAGAUCCGACGUCUCCAAGCGCAGAGUGCGGGGCAGGGGGACGGCCGCCACGGCCGCCACGGCCGAGGGGCCCGAGGCUGUGACCACAAUGUCGCCGGCCAGGAGGAUUACCGCGGCCAGGACGUCGCGGACGGUGGAGCACCUCAACCUGGAGGAGUGCACCAGCCUGUGCAAGCCCAAGUACCAGCGGACAGUCUGCGCGCAGGUCGGCAACAGCACGAGGACCUUCGCCAGUCUCUGCGACGUCAGGAUCGAGGGCUGCCUCACCGGGGAAAGCACCAGGAUCCGAAACACGGGACCGUGUUCGAGGUGGAGGAGGAAGAAGACCAAGGUGACCAUCGAGCAGGACGAGGAGGUGAAGGAGGAGGACGCCAGCGACGACGCGCCGCCGAGGGCAGCCAACCGGACGUCGGUAGUGCAAACCAACUACAACAAAUCGAACGCCUCCAGCUAGCAGCAACGUCAGACACACAGACCCUGUACUUUCCAAAUCUCAAUGUGUUUCGACGGAAAAAAUUAAUGUGAUAAGAAAAGGACGUAACGCAAAGGGCGCGGAUGUUGUGGUGUGAAAA